AUGGAUCUUUCAGAAUCUGGAGGAUUCCUUCCAGAUGCUCUUCCCUCCCCCUCCCCAAGCACUACUUCGGUCAGCUCCACCUCUUCCAAUUUACCACAGCCACGUGCGAAACCUCUUCGUGCUGGAUCAGGAAAGGAACAAGCUGCAAGGCGCUAUGUUGAAAAUAGACUACUCCACGUCUCGAGGCGAUACACUAAAAAAUUCGAGGAACAUGAAGAAGGAGAUUCGGUAGUCGGCUAUGUAAGUAUGAAGGAGGUAGCCAAGGACCUUUCCGAGAUAAUAGAUGUGUUGUGGCUCUCAAGUACACCGAAUCUACAGAUUCCGUACUUGCUAAAUGUGGCUCUGGUAAUGACUUCAUAUCCAACUAAAUUCCCUCCAGCACCGGUUGCAACCUUUGCUGUUCUGAGAAAACUGGAUCAUGCAUUUGCUAGCUUACUGAGAGGAGAAGACUCGAUUACUGGAGAGACCUUACCAGGGUUUCUAGCGGGCAGGAGAGCGGGGAUGAGCCAGACUGAUAUGGUUAGAUGCAGAAGUAUAGUCGAAGACACCAGAGUAAUGAUUGUAGACGUCAUGAGUAAGGAAGUUGAACCCGAACCCGAACCUGAGAGUGGCGUCGAAGACGAUGGUGACAACGGAGCUGACGGUAUGAAUAUGGAGGAGGAGGACGACUCGGAAUACGACAAUGAUGAGCUUGCCAUGGACAUUGCCAGAGUCUAUGAGGCAACAAUUAUGGAGCUUGGCGAAAGGCUAGAAAGUGGUCCUAACAUUGGAAUUGGGCACAACGAUUCAUGA